UGUUGUUAACACGCAUGUUUGUCGUUUAAUGUGUUACGUAGAUGCAUUAUUACGCACAUUACUUUGAACAAUGUGCUAAUUCACGACACUGUCAAGGUUAGUAACUUUAUUUACCAAACUUUAGUGCGUAAUCAGAAAAAAUGCGGGACAACAAAGUCGACGGCUUGUUUGAUAAAGCUGCAAAACAAUUUAAUAGUACUGGAAAGGCACUAGAUGAAGAUACGAUUCGUCUUAAAAAAUGGCUACAAACACAACCGCAACUUCCAAAAAUGUUGGAUGCACAAGCGCUAAAAAAUUUUUUAUUCCUCAAUAAAUGCAGUUUUGAGAUAACGAAACAAAAAAUCGACAACUAUUAUUCCGUUAGGUCCAGAGUACCAGAGAUCGCGUUCGAAAUGAAUCCAAAACGUCCCUACUUCAAGGAAUUUAAAGAUAUGAUAUACUUCGUGGAUUACCCCCAAUUAACCGACGAAAUGUGCAAAAUCACUUACUUCAAAGCAAAAGGAGAAAUCAUCCCAGACAAAUACGAACCUGUAUAUACUAUGAGGAAAUAUCUGGUUAUGCAGGAGCUAAAACUGAGAUACGACGUCAUGCAUGGGGAUAUUCUAGUUUUGGACUGUAAAGGACACACGUUGAAUAUCGCCGUUAAACUUACACCGGUGCUCAUUUAUAAGACCAUAGUUUUACUCUAUCAACAAGUUUUCUCCAUACUUAUUAAAGUCGUACACGUUAUAAAUUUGCCACCAGUUUUGAAAACAGCGGUAAAUUUAGUCAAAUCUUUCCUGAAACCAAAACUUGCCGCAAGGAUUUAUAUUCACUCAGACGAAGAGGUCUUGAAGCAACUAAUUCCUCUGAAUUUGCUUCCUGUCGAUUUUGGAGGGGAGGGAUUAUCCUUACAAGAACUGGAAGAUGACCUAGAAGCACGGUGUACGAAAAACCAGAAAUUGUUUGAUCGUUUGGACGAAAUUAAAGUUGACGAAAAUUUGAGGCCGGCGAAACUGGAAGAUAACGACACUUUAGGGGUUUAUAGUAGUUUUAAAAAACUUGAUAUCGAUUGA